UCGAUUCCGACGGUCAACCUUCUUCGAUUCCGACGGUCAACCUUCUUCGAUUCCGACGGUCAACCUUCUUCGACGCAGCGAUCCCGACGUCGAUGCCUUACUUCCAUUCGAUUCUUCCUCCGAAACAGCACUCUAACGCUCCGAGAAACCCCCAAAAUACCCAGUGAACCAACCGACACGAUUUCCUUUCGAACGCUCUCGGUUUUCCGAUCUCUCACACACACUCGGACACAAAAAGGUGAAAGACAUGAAAGACCAACCUGAGUUACUGAUACUGUAUGCAACUCAAACGGGCAAUGCACAAGAUGCUGCAGAGAGGCUAGGCCGUGAAGCUGAGCUUAGAGGUUGUGUUGUGAGGCUUCUUUCCAUGGAUGAAUAUGAUGCUAGUUCUUUACCUCGCGAGGAUGCUGUAAUUUUUGUCGUCUCUACCACAGGCCAAGGUGAAACACCAGAUUCCAUGAGGGGAUUUUGGAGGUUCCUUCUGCAAAGAAGUUUAAAUCAGUCUUGGCUCAAGGGAGUACCUUAUGCUGUAUUUGGAUUAGGUGAUUCUAGUUAUCAAAAAUAUAAUUUUGUUGCAAAAAAGCUUGACAAAAGACUUUCUGAUUUGGGAGCAAGGGCCAUUCUGGAAAGAGGCUUAGGUGAUGAUCAACACCAUUCGGGGUAUGAAGCUGCUCUAGAUCCUUGGAUGUUAUCAUUGUGGAGCUCAUUGAGUGAUACUAAUCCAAUGUUUUUCCCGAAAGGCAUUGAUUUUAUGUUUUCGAGCGACACAUUAAUUGAUCAAUCAAGCAUUCAAGUUGCAUAUCACAAUGUGGGGAAGAUGAAUUCACAAUUAACCUCAGAUUUGAAGAACAUGGAGAUGCAAAUUGAGAGGGCUCGCUUGAUGUCUCCAGGAAAAUUUUCUCAUGGAAAGAAAAAACCUGAUUGCCUUCUUAAUAUGAUAAAAAAUCAGCGUUUGAGUAAAGUAGGCUCUGGAAAGGACGUGCGCCACUUUGAAUUUGAAUUUGUUUCUUCUGUAAUAGAAUAUGAAGUUGGUGAUGUCCUUGAGGUUCUUCCCAGUCAGAACCCUGCUGCUGUAAAUGAUUUCAUACAACGUUGCAAUUUGGACCCUGAAUCAUUUAUUACGAUUUCUCCUAGAAAUAGGCGCAAACAGGAUCCCAUCCCAACUGCUACCCAAAUGGUUCCUAUCAAAUUGAAAACUUUUAUUGAAUUGACAAUGGAUAUUGCAUCAGCUUCUCCUCGACGCUAUUUUUUCGAGGUUAUGAGUUACUAUGCAACAGCUCCACAUGAAAAGGAAAGACUUCAAUAUUUUGCGUCACCUGAAGGAAGAGAUGAUUUAUAUCAGUACAAUCAAAAGGAACGAAGAAGUGUUCUUGAGGUAUUAGAAGAUUUCCCUUCUGUGAAAAUGCCAUUUGAUUGGUUGGUUCAGUUGGUUCCUCCAUUGAAAUCAAGAUCAUUCUCCAUAUCUUCUUCCCCUUUAGCUCACCCGAAUCAGGUGCACUUAACCGUAAACGUAGUAUCUUGGACGACACCUUAUAAAAGGAAUCGGUUGGGUCUUUGCUCGAGUUGGCUUGCUGGACUUGAUCCCGAACAAUGCGUUCGUAUUCCGGUGUGGUUCCAUAAGGGUUCGCUUCCCGCUCCAUCCCCAUCUCUUCCUUUGAUUCUCGUUGGACCCGGAACAGGUUGUGCACCCUUCAGAGGAUUUGUAGAGGAAAGGUCCAUGGAGAAUCCCUCCAUGUCAACUGCUCCAGUUUUGUUUUUCUUCGGUUGUCGAAAUGAGGACAACGACUUCCUAUAUCGAGAUUUCUGGUUAUCGCAUUCGAAACAUCACGGAGUACUAUCAGAGGAGAAAGGUGGAGGCUUUUAUAUCGCGUUUUCCAGAGAUCAACCGCGGAAGGUUUACGUGCAACAUAAGAUGCUUGAACAGAGUCAAAAGAUUUGGAACAUGCUUAAGGAUGGUGCUGCUGUAUAUGUUGCAGGCUCUUCCACAAAAAUGCCUGCAGAUGUAUGGUCAACUUUCGAGGAAAUUAUAUCAAAAGAAACUCGGGUUCCACGGGAAUCUGCAGUAAGGUGGCUAAGGGCGUUGGAGAAGGCUGGUAAAUACCAUGUUGAAGCUUGGUCUUGACCGAGAAGAGAAGGCGAGAAGCUUGACAUGGAAGAUCAUAUUUUAUGAAAAUCGGACUUUCUUUAAGAAAAGAUUUAAGAAUACCGACAUAACAUGGGAAUUUGUUGUAUUUCAUCUUAUAUUCUUUUGAAUGCUAUAAUCAAACGGACCAUUGUGAAUUGAA